UGAUGAAAACAACACAUACAAAUCCAUUGAUGGCAGUGAUGAGAUGAAAGCCAACUGGAUGAGGUAUGUACGGAACUCAGCAGAGGAGAGUGAGAGGAACCUGACUGCCUUUCAGCAUGGUGAGCACAUCUACUUCCGGGUCUGCCGGGACCUGUCGGAAGGAGAGAAGCUACGUGUUUGGUACAGUGAAGACUACAUGGGGAGGCUACACAGCAUGUCCCAGGAUAGCAUUGACCACAAUCUUGCCACAGGGGUCCUCAUAUGUUCCCAGUGUGGGAAAAGUUACAGAUGGGCAUCACACCUAACAAACUGCUCCCAGUGUGGGAAUAGUUUCAGCCAUUCAAGCAAUGUGGCAUUGCACCAACAAACUCCUACAGGGGAGGACUCCUUUCACUGCUCCCAGUGUGGGAAGAGCUUCUCUGAAUUAACUAGUCUGACUCUACACCAGAGGACUCACAGAGGGGAGCGUCAGUACAACUGCACCCAGUGUGGGAAAACUUUCAGUCACUCGAGUUCUCUGAAGAAACACCUACGAAGUCAUACAGGUGAGCGCCCGUACCACUGCUCACAGUGUGGGAAAAACUUCAGUCACUCGAGCACUUUAAGAAACCACCAGCAAACUCAUACAGGGGAACGCCCAUUCCAGUGCUCCCAGUGUGAGAAGAGCUUUACUCAAUUAACUCAUCUAACACUACACCAGCGAACUCAUACAGGGGAGCGUCCAUACCAUUGCACCAAGUGUGAGAAGAGUUUCAGUCACUUAAGUACUCUGAGGAAUCACCAGCAAACCCACACAGGGGAACGACCAUACCACUGCUCCCAAUGUGGGAGGAGCUUCAGCCACUUAAGUACUUUGAGGAACCACCAGCAAACUCAUACAGGGGAGCGCCCAUUCCAGUGCUCCCACUGUGGAAAAAGCUUCAGUCGCUCAAGUACUUUGAGGCGACACCAGCAAACUCAUACAGGGGAAUGCCCAUUCCACUGCUCCCAGUGUGGAAAGAGCUUCAGUCACUCAAGUACUUUGAGGAGACACCAGCGAACUCACACAGGGGAGCGUCCAUUCCACUGCUCCCAGUGUGGGAAAAGCUUUAGUCGCUCAAAUACUUUGAAGAAGCACCAGCAAACUCACACAGGGUAGCUUAACUGAGCCAUGUUGUGUGUUCCAUGUAUCAUGGGCAGUGAAGAUAUGCAGUUCUGUAUGUAUGUAUGUAGUCUGUAUCUAUCUGUGUGUUUAAAAGGUUGCAUCAGUUUUCUGGCUUGCAUAUUUUGUUAAUACUUUGACCUUCAUACUGUUCCUGUUGUUUCCUUACUUAAGGUGUGGACAGUACAACACAAACUACAGGGUGCAACGUUUCCUUUUGUAAAGGUUAAACCAUAAUAAACUGACA